CCCCAAUCACGCAACACACACACACACACACACACACACACACGCACCCCCACGCUCGCCACCGCCGCCCCCCCUUCCCCAAGCAGCCGUUUGCAACUCAAUGGACCGAUUUCUUGGGUUUCACUGACUCACGCCUUCCCCAAGAUGAGAAAUUGCAAAAUGGCCCGGGUGGUUAGUGCACUGGGGCUGGUCAUGCUCAGCGUCGCCUUGCUGAUUUUAUCUCUGAUCAGCUAUGUGUCCUUGAAAAAGGAUAACAUCUUCACCACUCCCAAGUACGCCAGCCCGAGGGUGCCCCGAAUGUAUAUGUUCCACGCGGGAUUUAGGUCACAAUUUGCACUGAAGUUUCUAGACCCAUCAUUUGUACCCAUUACGAAUUCUCUGACCCAGGAACUUCAGGAGAAACCUUCUAAGUGGACAUUUAACCGGACAGCUUUUUUACAGCAAAGGAAAGAGAUUCUUCAACAUGUCGAUGUAAUAAAAAAUUUUUCUUUGACCAAGAAUAGUGUUCGGAUUGGACAGCUGAUGCACUAUGACUAUUCCAGCCAUAAAUACGUUUUCUCUAUUAGCAAUAACUUCCGAUCACUGCUUCCAGAUGUGUCACCCAUUGUGAAUAAGCAUUAUAAUAUUUGUACUGUGGUUGGAAAUAGUGGGAUCCUGACAGGGAGCCAGUGUGGACAAGAAAUAGAUAAAUCUGAUUUUGUUUUCCGUUGCAAUUUUGCCCCCACCGAGGCAUUCCAAAAAGAUGUUGGAAGGAAAACCAACCUUACCACCUUCAAUCCUAGCAUCCUGGAAAAGUAUUACAACAAUCUUUUGACCAUUCAGGAUCGUAACAACUUUUUCCUCAGUUUAAAAAAACUUGAUGGGGCAAUCCUCUGGAUCCCUGCAUUUUUCUUCCAUACUUCAACAACUGUCACCAGGACGCUAGUUGAUUUCUUUGUCGAGCACAGAGGUCAGUUAAAGGUCCAAUUGGCUUGGCCUGGAAAUAUAAUGCAGCAUGUCAACAGGUACUGGAAAAACAAACGGUUGACACCCAAACGACUGAGCACAGGUAUUCUUAUGUACACCCUUGCAUCUGCAAUGUGUGAAGAGAUCCACUUGUAUGGAUUUUGGCCAUUUGGAUUUGACCCCAACACUCGGGAAGAUCUUCCUUACCAUUACUAUGACAAAAAAGGAACCAAAUUUACGACCAAGUGGCAGGAAUCCCACCAACUUCCUGCUGAGUUUCAGCUAUUAUACAGAAUGCAUGAGGAGGGACUGACCAAACUGACUCUGUCACAUUGUGCCUAA